GCACAAUAGUAGCGCGAAAGGCUGAACGGUAGUAGGGGCCGCAGCCACGCUCUCAAAUCCUCCGCCUCCGCCCGGCGGCAGCCCUUUGUCGCAUGAGCGCCAUCACCACACUCGGCACGCGCGCCCUCGAAAUUCUCGGCGUCGAGCAGGACGCGGCCGAUCGCCUGCUCGCCCUCCUGCGCGAGCACCCCGCCGAGCCGCUCUCCACCCACGGCGCGGCGGUGGCGUACCGCCGCUGCACCGAGCGUGCGGUGGGCAAUCGGAGCGCCGACGCGGCCCAGUUCGCUACCGCGCACGCCUCGCUGCGCGCGCGCGGCGUCGGCGAGCUCGACCGCUUCACCGCCCUCCUUCAGCGGGUCGGUGAGGAGCGCGCCGUCGCGGAGCUGCUCCGCUCCACCUCCGACGGCUCGGGCAGCGCGGCGCCGCCGCACCCGCGUCCUCCGCCACAGCAGCCGCCGUCGGGGAGCUGCGGAGGCGGCCGAGUCGGCCUGGUUCUUUGGCCGCCCGGCUCUGCGCAGGAGCGCUGCCUCGUCUCCGACCUCCUCCUCGUGCUGUCGGGGUACGACGGGCUGGUCGAGUUGCGGGGCUGGGUGGGUUGCGUCGGGCGGCUGCCGAACUGCGGUCUGGCGGUGCACGCGCUGGCGGCGGCGGUCCACGAGCUGCAGCCCGCUUGCCGAGCGCUCGCCCUGCUCCACUCCCUCGUUUGCGAGCUUCUCGCGCCGCCAGACAGAGGCGGAGCGGGGGGAGGCCACGGGGCGGCCGGCUUUGCCGAGCCGGUGCCUCCCCCGCCCCACCGAGGCGGGGGGCUGCUGCGGCUGCUCGCGGAGCGGCGGGCGGGGCUCGGGGGCGACGAGGACGGGCGCGCGCUGUGCGGCUUUCUCUUCCGGAGGGCGGCGGCGCCCUUCCUGCGCUCGCUGCGGCAGUGGGUGUACUGCGGCGUGUGCGACGACCCGCACGGCGAGAGACGCGAGUUCUUCGUCGUCAGCGACCCGCGCAUCGCCAAGGAGAGCCUCACCUCCGACUUCAGCUGCGCGUACUGGGAGCGGCGCUUCUCCUCGCGGCCGGAGCUGACGCCGCCCGCUCUCGCGCCGCACGCGCGCACGGCGCUCGACGCGGGCAAGCUGCUGCACCUGGCGAGGGAGAGCGGCCUCGAGCCGUCCAACCCGCGGCUCGAGCAGGAGGGCGGCCCGCUCUCGUCGCCGGACUGCCUCCUCGACGCCACGGCGCUGGGAGGCGCUCUCGUGGAGGCUCGGGCGUGGGCAAACGCGCGCGCGCUGCAGCUGCUGCUCGGGGGCGGCAAGGGCGAGGGCGAGCUCUUCGGCCGGCUCGCGUCGCUCAAGCACUACUUUCUGCUCGACCAGGGCGACUUCUUCGCGGAGGAAGAGCUCGUCAAGCCCGUCGCGCGCAUCUCUUACCGCGUUGGCUGGCCCGCCUCGCUGGUGCUCUCGCGCCACGCCCUCAUCAAGUACCAGCUCCUCUUCCGCCACCUCUUCCACUGCAAGCACGAGUGCAUGCUGCGCGACGCGCCGCUGCUCAAGCUCCUCGCGAAGCUCCUCACCAUCUGCGUCAUCUACGCCGACCAGACGCGCUCUCUCUCCGCCGCCAUCACCGCAGCGGUGGGCGAGGCGCCGCCGCUGCGCGCGGGUGCGCCGCACGAGGAGCGCGCCGCCGUGCGGCGCGAGACGUGUCGCCGCGUGGAGCAGCUCAUCUCGGACCGGAGGUACGCGCGCAACGUGGAGACUUUCGGCCAGAAGUUCGACGACGAGCUGCUCGCGCUGCUGGCCGAGCUGCGCAAGCAGGCGCACCGCGAGUGGAACCUCGCCCACCUCCUCGCGCGCCUCGAUUUCAACCACUUUUGGAGGCAAAAGCAGGCAACAGCCCCCGCCGCAGCGCCCUCGGCGGUGGGCGAGUGAGGGUGCGGCUUGGGGGAAGUAUAGCCGUGCGUGGUCCAUGUCCAUGUGGUCGUGUAUACCAGCAGCCAGGUGCGGACCUGGUAUAUAGUUCGCACCUGGUAUACAGUGCGGAACAUCUGCCG